GGCAGGAGGCGCGAAGUGUUGUUCCUCUGGUGGCAGCUGGGCUCGCGCAUGCGCCGGGCGGGGAGGCGCCGUCGGCGGUUGUGGAGGCGCGGCUCUGCGCAUGGGCGUCGGAACCUGACUGGAAAGGGAGCACGGCGGCUGCGCGCCGGGCCUGCGCAGAAGGAAGGAGGCUGACGGCGCACGCGUAGGAAGGGACCGGGAAGGGGCGGAGGGAGGCUCGGUGCGAGGCGAGCGGCGGAGGAGCCCCGGGGGCGCGCGAGGCAUGCUGGAGAUGGCCACCGACAAGGAGACCUUCCUCGUCCCGGCCCCGCCGCCGCCCCUCAAGCCCCCGCCCGGAGGAGGAGGCGGCGGCGGCGGGGAAGUCCCCCCGGGGCGGCUCCAUCAGGGGGACGCGCCGCCGCCGUCGGAGGAGGAGGAGGUGGGGGGCAGCGGGGAGGUCGCCGGGCAGGUGCACCCGGGGGCCGGCCCGGAGGAGCGCAGGGGGGGCGGCGGCGCCCCGCCGGCGGAGGAGGCGGAGGACAGCGUGUCCGAGCUGCAGCGGCCCCGCAACGGCUUCCAGCCCCACCCGAAGCCCCCCGGCGGAGGAGGAGGGGGAGGCAAGCGGCGCAACAGCUGCAACGUGGGCGGCUUCAAGCACCCGGCCUUCAAGCGGCGGCGCCGGAUCAACUCGGAGUGCGACCCGGUCCUCCCGUCCGAGUUCCUGCUGGGCGGCAACAUCUUCGACCCGCUCAACCUCAACAGCCUCCUGGACGAGGAGGUGAACCAGGCCCUCAACGCCGAGACCCCCAAGUCGUCGCCCCUGCCGGCCAAGGGCCGCGACCCGGUGGAGAUCCUCAUCCCCAAGGACAUCACCGACCCCUUGAGCCUCAACAACGCCCAGGAGGACCCUCCCGUCCUGGCCUCCCCCCUCAAGGCCGGGCGCAAGCGGCACCGCCACCGGGGGGCCCAGCGGGCCGCCAGCAUCGCCGAGGCGGGCAAGGCCGCCCCCUCCUGCAAGUCGUGCCAGAAGGCCUGCAACGGGGCCACCCCGCAGCCUUACGAACUGAACACGGCCAUCAACUGCCGGGACGAGGUGGUCUCCCCUUUGCUGCCGGGGGGUGGAGAUGGGCAGCAGCGCGGCCAGCAGCCCUUUGACGGCAUCACCCCCGCUUGUGCUUCCGUAGGCUCUUCCACAGGGGGUGGCAGCAGCGGCGGCAGCAGCCGCCACCAUCACCACCACCACCACCGCAAGAGGCGUAGGACUAGUAGCAAGUCAGAGGGGGCCAGGCACCAGGAGGCGGCGAGCGAAGGGCCUUACCGGAGCAGCCCGGACGGGGGACGGAGCGCACCCAGGUGCCGGCACCAGCCACCCCCUUCCGCUCAGCAGCCUCGGCGGCAGUCCCAGCACAAGUUCCAGUAUGGCAACUACUGCAAGUACUACGGCUACCGCAACCCCGACUGGGAAGACACCCGGCUGCGGGUCAUGAGGCCGGAGUGGUUCCAGGGGAAAGAGGUGCUGGACGUGGGUUGCAACGUGGGGCACCUCACUUUGAGCGUGGCCAAGAAGUGGGGUCCCCGCAGGAUGGUGGGCGUGGACAUUGACGGGGCCCUCAUCCACUCGGCGCGCCAGAACAUUCGGCACUACCUUUCUGCGGAGCUGCAGCAGCAAACCAGCAGCAACAAUGAGGGCACCGGCCUUCCCAAGAAGACCUUCCCGGUGUCCCUCAUGGCCAGCCGUGGCCCCAUUGCUGCGCCGAGGGUGCCCCAGGAAGGGGCCGAUGCCACGGUCUUCCCCAACAACGUCAUCUUUGUCAAGGGCAACUACGUUCUGGAGCGUGAGGAGCUGCUGGAGGCCCAGAAGCCAGAGUACGACGUGAUCCUCUGCCUCAGCCUCACCAAGUGGGUCCACCUCAACUGGGGGGACGAGGGGCUCAAGCGCCUCUUCAAGCGCCUCUUCCGCCACCUGCGGCCCGGCGGCAUCCUGGUGCUCGAGCCCCAGGCCUGGGCUUCCUACGGCAAGAGGAAGAACCUGACGGAGACAACAUGCCGGAACUUCCACCGCAUCAAGCUGAAGCCGGACCAGUUCCCCUCGUACCUGACUUCACCUGAAGUGGGCUUCUCCAGCUACGAAUUGGUGGCCACGCCGAGGCACAGCUCCAAAGGAUUCCAGCGCCCCAUCUAUCUCUUCCACAAGGCUCCCCUGAGAACACCCUGAGGAUUUUUUGCCCGGGCUUGAGAGCCAGUCCGUGGCUGGACUCCCGCUCACCUUUCCGAGCCGCCGGGGGCAUUUGCUGGAGGCACUUGGACAGGAAAGGACAGAGGAACCAGGUUCACCGCCCCUGAAGCCAUGGAGUCAGUCGGAGCCGCUUGACCUGCAGGACUCCCGUCCUCUUUGCCUGCGACAAGCAGAGCGUGAAGAACAGAGCAAGCAAGAGGCUGCCUGGAGCUGCUACCGAGAUCCUGCUGUGCGUGGGGAGGAAAGAGGGAAGUGGGCAGGUGAUGUGCGGGGGUGGGGGGAUAAUGGGGGACUGGCUGGCUUCCUCCCUCCCUCUCUCCCGGCCAUUACCCUGAGCUCACAACCCAGAAGAAGAAAUCACACACAAGCCAUUGUGCUCCCUCAGCCUGCUUAGGAGCAAGAGGGCCCCCCGAAGGAGCUGUGGAAUUCCCUGCUGUGGAGUGGGGCAGUGGGGGGGGGGCGGGCACUUUCCCUGGGUAGGGCAGACACCUUCACCUGGAGCACUGAAGCCUUUCCCCCCUACUUCCUGAGCAGGGCAACUCUGCCCCGUGAGCUUCCUCUGGGCUGGGCCCGUGCCCCGGCUGCCCCCACCCCCCUUCUGAAUCGAAGAGCUCCGCAGCCAGCCAGGCCAUCCGCCCCCCAUCCCCCUGCAGGAGCCGCCUGCUGUGCCCCCUCUCCCCUCGCAGCUGGGGGGACCUAGUUUCAUCCAGGACUUUGAUCUUUACACAGAUGUUGAUUCUAUAUAUAAAUAAA